AUGCGCAAAGUCUGGACGAACAAUGGAGACGAGAACCACGAGCCGAGAGAAGGAAGGUCGCGUUCUCAGAAGCUUCGAUUUCCGGUAGGUCACUGCCAGCCCGGAGGAAAGAAAAUCCAGCCCGAGGCCCUUCAGAACAGCAGCGAUGCAGCCGCUUCUUUGACCGCCUAUGGGUCUAAUAAGACCAAGAGCCCUAGGAAGUCUACACAUGCGUACUUCCUUGUUUGGAAAUGA